AGAAAAUCGAGUAAACUAUCACACAAUUGAUAAGAAGAUAUUUUCCGUCAAUAAUCAUCAUCACAAUGCAUAAACAUGGUGGAAAGAAAUCUAAGCAAUCAAACUCUAAAUCUAGUGGAGGUCACUCUCCAAGAAGAACUCGAAGCUCCUCACUUCGCCGCGGCUCCAGUCUCCGCCGGCCAGAAUCUCCGCCGGAAAACGGAAACACCAGUCAAGGCGGCAAAACCAGCGUCGAAGUUGGGGAGUCUAGCGAGGAGAAGGAGAUGUCGAGGUUGAUGCUGAAUCCGGUGAAGAAUCACAAACCAGAAAAGUAUGAGGAUUUGGGAUUGGAUAUUUCUUCUUCUCUGCUUUUCAGCUCGUUGGAGAUGCAUCUUCCACGGACGUUGCUCCGUGCGCCUCGUGACCAGAAAGCUUCAUACAUGCAAGAGAUUUUGCAUGAAUACGCGCCUCCUGCAUUGAUAUACAGAGAUCAAUUGCAAAAAGAAUAUAGAGAGAAGAUAAUGUCAAGUUAUCAGCCUCUGCAUCAAGAGUUGUAUACUAUGGAUCCUGCAGCAUUCUUUGUACCUACAUUUCUGGAAGCAAUUAAUGAUAAUACAGAACAAAGCUUUAGAAGUAUAAUGUCUGAACCUGUCCCAGGCAUUUUUACAUUUGAAAUGCUUCAACCACAUUUUUGCGAGUUACUGAUAUCUGAGGCUGAACAUUUUGAGAAGUGGGCAUACAAAGCAAAAUUAUGCGUAAUGCGUCCCAAUACAAUGAAUAAAUACGGUGUCGUACUUGAUGACUUUGGCUUUCAAACCAUGCUUAACAAGUUUAUUGAAGAUUUUAUUUCUCCAUUGUCGAAAGUGUUCUAUGCAGAAGCUGGUGGAGCAACCCUGGAUUCUCACCAUGGGUUUAUUGUUGAAUGUGGUUUACAUAGAGAUGUUGAAACAGAAUUCCAUGUGGAUGACUCAGAAGUUACCUUAAAUGUUUGCCUGGGUAGGCAAUUUUCUGGAGGAGAGUUGUAUUUUCGGGGCUUGCGAUGCGAUAAACAUUUACAUACGAUAAGUCAUUCAGAGGAGAUAUUUGAUUAUUCGCAUGUCCCUGGUUGUGCUGUGCUUCAUCAUGGCCGUCAUCGCCAUGGAGCUAGAGCCACAUUUGCUGGUCAUCGGUUCAACCUACUUCUGUGGUGCAGAAGUUCUUUUUAUAGAGAAAUGCAAAAGUUUAAAAGAGAUUUCUCUGGCUGGUGUGUUGAGUGCAAUCAAGAGAAGAAAGAUAAGAAAGAUAGGAUGCUCUCGGCAUAUGAUACUACCGGAAUGGAAAUAUUGAGGGAAGGUGGAACAACUGCAUAAUCUAUCUUGUACAGCAUCAGUGGAAAUGAAUGGUAAAAAAUAGCGUAGCUCUUAUUAUUUAUUCCAGACAGAUUUUGAUUAUCCUUAACUAGUCUAGUCUAGGUUGUAAAAGUUAUCUCCUGAAAGUGGUGCCUUACUACCUUUGUUAGUUUGGAUUAACCGAUAAAGUUGUUACUGUUUAUCUGAUAAAAGUCUCGGAUUGUGUUCCGGUAGGUA